AUAAUUCAUUUCAAGCCUAUAUCCUGGCUGAAUUCCGAGCCCGGCAUUUUUGUUUGGAGGUGUUAGUUUCGUGAGUUUUUCUUUCUGAUCAUAGCUAAAUCCAUGGACCGUAUGGACGAACAAAAGGAGAAAGAAUAAAGGGAUGGGAACAUAAGAUGCUAAAAAAAUGAAAAGGACACAAUAAGGUCCUUAGAAGAGGGUUUUUUGUUUUCUACACUUCGAAGAGGACUUGAGAUCAAGGAAAAGUGUAAAACUAGAUGAUGAUACGAGGAACCUUCCCCUAAAUGAAAGAGUAGAGGGUGAAACCCAUGUGAAAAAGGGGGAGUGAUCGUAACCUUGAAGCUUUGCCUUUUCACUUUAACUCAAAAUUAGGAAGAAGAUGUGAGAAUCUAUAUCAGAUCAAAUUUUAAAAAUUAAUUGUUGGGCAAGAAACUGAUGAUUAUAUCUAUAAAUUUUGUUCAUGAUCCGAGACAAAAUAUUUUCUAUUGAUGAUGUGCCAGCUGCUUAAGGAUAUUCAAAGCUAUCUCAUCACAACUGUGAACAUUUUCAAGUCCAAGAAUUAGACUUUUAUGCCAUGAUUAAUACGGAAUGUUGAUGUUUCACCUACAAACGAUUUGAAAGUACAAGAGAGAUCAAGAGAGAUGACCUGUUCCAUGUAAAGAAAAUAAACUAGCUAAUAGUUAAAAAAUACCUAUAUUUAAGUCAACGGUCUUGGGUUUAUGACCUUCACUAUUCUCGCCUCUCUAGCUUUCGCUUUACGUUUCCUAGUCCUUUUCAAUUCUCCCAUCUGAGUAUUAAUCACUCAUCCAUACGUCCUCUCUCUCCACCAAAAAUCCUCUUCCUCUUAUCUUCUCUUGUUUUCCUCAUGCUACUGGAGAGACUUGGUGCUUCUUGGUUCUCUAUUUUCCAGCAAUCUUCUCAACAUUAAGCAAACGCAAAGAAACCCAAUAUAUCCUCACCCUUUCAUUUUUAAACCAAGAAACUAAUCAAAAGACAUGAAGGAAGAGCAGCAGUUUUCCCAUCAACAUCAAGGGACCAAGAAAACAAGAUUCUCUUUCAAGCUCUUCCAUUCUCCCGUUACCUACGUUAUCCUGUUUCUACUCUCCUAUGUCCUAGGUUACUUGUCGGCCCCAUCUCCCAACUUCUCUCCACCCUUAUCUCCGGAGCCUACUAUCACCCUUAAGCUUGCCAACAGCAUCCCCACCCAACUUGACAACUUUCGAGUUACGUCUCGCUGCGGCAAGCAGGUCUCCUCUAGUUUCGUCCGUCAAACGAUUAUCGAUCGAAUUUAUAAUGCCACCUCACCUUAUGACAACUUCCCUCCUGCGCACGUCAGCGGCCUCAUUCGCGGUAAAAGAUUGAAGGGAUGGGGAUCCUACGGUGCCGUUUUCGAAAAUCUUAUCCGAAAAGUGAAGCCCAAGGUGAUCAUAGAGGUAGGUACUUUCUUGGGCGCGUCGGCUCUCCACAUGGCUGAGUUGACACGUAAACUCGGACUUAACUCGCAAAUUCUCUGUAUUGACGAUUUUCGAGGAUGGCCAGGAUUCCGUGACCGAUUCAAGUAUAUUGACAUAGUAAACGGUGACGUUAUGCUGCUAUAUCAGUUCAUGCAAAAUGCAAUUUACAUGAACGCCAGCAAAACGGUGUUACCAGUGCCGUUUUCAAGCGGGUCUGCUCUGGAAAAACUGUGCGAGUGGGGCGUGUAUGGAGACUUAAUUGAGAUAGAUGCGGGUCAUGAUUUUAACUCUGCAUGGGCAGACAUAAAUCGGGCAUAUCGAAUCUUGAGACCCGGUGGGGUAAUCUUUGGACACGAUUAUUUUACAGCAGCUGACAAUAGAGGGGUGAGAAGAGCAGUGAAUUUGUUUGCUCAAAUGAAUGGGCUUAAAAUCCAAACGGAUGGCCAACACUGGGUGAUUAAUUCCGCUAAAGCUCGUUCCAGUUAAGGAUCCUGUAAAAUUUAGUCCUGUCCUGUGCAGUAACAAUAGGAUUUUUUGGUCUUUCAUUGAUCUUGGCCAUGCUUCUGAAUAACAAUUUGAUACAAAUAAGGUUGCAGUGAAUUAAUUUUAGUAUCUCGUAUCAUUUAUGUCGAUCUUGUGUUAUUUUUUCUGGUUUCGUUGGAAUGAGUUGCCCCCCCCCCCCCCCAAAAGAACCUCCAAUUUUAAUGAUAAAGAGAAUCGUGCAAAGUUUCAAAGUGUAAUCACCGCAUGGCCUAAAUAAUUUUAGGGACCGACCAAGUUCAAGAGGAGGUUGGCUUGAAACGAACCAACCCAAUAUCGGUACUUUGGGCCUCGAUGAUAUUCAACUUGGCAGACAGUUGGGAGUACAAACAUGCAAGCUGAAGAUGUGUUUUGGAAAUGGAGACUCCAAGUCUUCGGACACAAAAGUUGCUGGCGUCACUUUUUGUCCUUACUUUGAGCAGUGGGAUCAGGAUAAAAUCCAGAAAUAGAAACAUACGUAGAUAGACCACAUGCGACCACGUUGCCCACCUGAGCUGUUUUUCUAGUAAAUUCUAAAACAUAUUUGCUUUUUC